AAUCGCAACUGUUUCAGUUUUUACUCAUCUGGUGAUCUGGUGUUUCUGAUUAAUUUGUUUUUGAAUUUCUGUGUCUCGUUGUUUUGCACUGUGAUUGUAUGAUCUUUUUAGUAAUUUACUGGAGAGAGGCUCGCAUGGUUUAGUAGUUUUGACUUUUGCGGCAUUUCUUUCGCUGUGCAUGCAGCAUAGUGCAGUCAAAAGUUGCGAGCCACGAUGGAAAUGGAUAUCGAUGCCGAGAACGAGAACACGGCCGACAGUCGCAAGCUGUGCAUUCCUGGUGAUAAGGUGUUCCAAGUUGAGAGUUCCUCCAUAAAAACCCUGACGCUGGGCCCGGGAAUCCGUAAAUCCGGGGAUAAUCUCUUUGCCACACGUGUGGGAAUCGUGCAUUAUAAACUGCCGUCGACGUUCUUUUUGGAAACGCAAUCCGAAUCGUAUUCUCCGGCGGCGGGUGAUGAUGUGGUCGGUGUGGUGAUCAAGCGGAAGGGACACGAAUUGUCCGAGCAGUAUUUUGUCGUGGAUCUGGGACGAAAUGUGGAGCGCCAGAAUGGUUUCCUCCCGGUUCUGGCUUUCCGUGGCGCGACGAAACGCUACCGUCCCAAUUUGAAGAAAGGUGAUUUGGUGUACUGCCGUAUCCGGCGCGUCACUCCCAACGGCCCGGUGCGUCUGACGUGCACCAACAGCGCCGGGACGGGAUGCUGGGGACCUCUGCGGCGGACGGGAGGCGUGUAUCGAGCCGGUCUGGCAUUUGUGCGCAGAUGCUUAACCGAUGGUUCUGCGGAACACACGAUGAUCACGGAUAUUGGAACGAAGGUGCAAGUGGAGUGGGCGGUGGGGAUUAACGGACGGAUAUGGUAUUAUUCUGGAUAUGAAAAGAGCCAGAAUCUCCUCUACCUCCUCCUACGGGACGCCGAAGCCGCCGCGGGUCGUCCGGAAGCUAUUAAAGCGCUGGGCGAAGCGGUGCUGCAGCAGAUUGCCUGCCUCACCGACGACGUCCCGCUGGAAGAUAACACACAGUACUGGGUCACGAAGGUGGCGUAGUCGGACGUGUUUGGUCGAGAUUGAUAGCUGUUUACAUAUCUUCAUCACUGUGCAGUGUGCAGCGAAUACGGUAGUGUUUGAUACAUUGUGCUCCGUUUCUGAAAAUGGAAUUACUUUAUUUUUGUUGUUGGCAUUUUAACACUGGCAAAUGGAUGGAAAACAAUAAAAUAAUUCGGAACGAUCGUUA